CAGGAACUCAAUUAUGUUCUUUGUGAGCGCUAGAAUUCUUAGAAUAAAAGGUAGUUUCAUGAUUAGGAUUAGUGUAUUAGUGGUUUCUAAAGUCCUCAGAGGCGAGCACCACGUCCUCCUUGGGGCGCUUCGCCUGCGUUCGUCUCGACACCUUGCGUGAAGAGUCAGCAACGGCACUCUAUCCUAUCCUACCCUUCGAAAUAACUUCUUUCUGCGU